UCAUUAGAAGUUUAGUUUCGCGCUGUCUAACGCGGCAUACUGCCGCUCCUGAACAAUAAAACGAAUAAAUCAGCAAUUAUCUGGACUAUGAGUGCAGAUGCUGCAUCAUUGCCCUGUCCGAUAUGUUUGCAAAGUGGUGUUUUCGAGUCGGUGCUAUUACUUAGGGACCGGUUAAUACACGUGUCUACUAACAAAAUUGUAUGUCCCGUUUGUCAAGAAGAGGUAUGUGGACUAGACAAGUUGACUAUCCAUUUGUUCACUCAUGUAAAGUUAAUUAAUACAAGAGAUUUUAGCGAGAAAAAUAAUGAAUUUACGGAAACCUGUAAAUCAAAUGCAAACAUUCCAGUCCCCUCUACUAAUAGGAAGAAAUCCAGAACGCCAACGGCUAAAAAUAAACCAGCAACAUCUACGGCAAAUGCACCCGUGAAAUUCGUCAAGAUAUGUCCAAAGUUGCCAGUAAUGCCAGUAAAUACGGCGCCAGUAUUAUUAGACCCAUCACGCGAACCAGCUGAAGGUGGAGUUCAAGAGGCGACUCUAAAGGUAUCAUCUAUUAAGAAGGAAAAGUCGCAGUUGGAAGUCAAUACAACCUGUGAUAUUUGCGGUGUCGAAUUCGUGGACGAAAUAAUUCUGAGAAUGCAUCGAUGCCUUAUACACAAUAUAGAUGAUAAUUCUAAUCACAGCAUUUCAAGAUACCAAUGUCAUUUAUGUCCAAAAAACUUUAAGAUGAGGGGAUCCCUCAUGGUUCACUUGCGAGUAGCACAUUACGGAUUUCAAUCCGAUACCAGCGGCGCGCAACCCGACUCAGCAAGCGAAGCUGGCUCCGGCAAUCGACAUUUUCCUGCAAACGAUAAACCCAGCAAUUACGAGAGGAAUGACAAUAAACAAUGGCAGUGUGAUGUUUGUCGAAAAUGUUUUACAACAAAAUAUUUCCUGAAGAAGCAUAAGCGUCUUCACACAGGUGAAACGCCAUACUCCUGCUCGCAGUGCAACAAGACAUUCACGUUCCAACAGUCCUACCAUAAACACCUGCUGUACCACAACGACGAGAAGCCGCACACGUGCGGUUACUGUGGUCGCGCUUUCAAGGAACUCUCCACUCUGCACAACCAUCAGCGGAUCCACACCGGCGAGAAGCCUUUCUCUUGCGAGACAUGUGGUAAAUGUUUUCGGCAACGAGUGUCCUACCUCGUCCAUCGACGCAUUCACACAGGUGUUAUGCCAUACAAGUGCACAGCCUGUGACAAAAGUUUUCGCUAUAAAGUAUCCCAGAGAACUCAUAAGUGCCAAGCCCAGCCACCGGGCACGGUAGUACGACAGAGUGGUGACCUAGUAGAAAAAUUGAAAAGAAAACAUCCUGAACCAUCGUCAUCCCCUUCAGGGUCUCCAAAAGAAAGUUGUGAUAAUAUGAAAUACCACCAAGUUUCGGAAGCAAACGCAGAAUUAGUACGGACGGGGGCGAAGCUUUCUUUAGAAGAUACAGAAACUGAUAAUUUCACUCUAAUAGCUGAAGCAUUCAAUGAUAAUAUUAAAAAUUGUACGAAACAGGUAACUGAUGAGGACAAUAUAAUGUUAGUUGAAUCCAUUAGUCCUGUAAUAGACAAAAAUAUUCCUUCACCAUCAGAAACUUUCAAAAACUUAUGUUUGUCUAAAGAAGACGAUUAUAAUGGAGUCCAGCAAGAGAAAUAUGAAGUAGGGGAGUUUUCUAUGUAUAAAGGAUUUAACUUAUUCUUGUAAGGAUGACUCACGCUAGACCGGGCCGGGGCCGGGCCGGAGCUUCCGCCGCUUCGUUCUCUAUGGAAAGCACCACGUGAUCACCGAGCAGCCGUCAUCACAGAUUUAAUAUAUGUCAUAAAGGACAUGUCGGACGCAUAUUGCAUAAAAUGCUUCUAACAGGCAACAGGGUACCCAACCUACCGUAAUCAAUCUGCUAUUGUUGCUCAAUCCAAUCCGAUUUUCUGUCAAAUAUCAAAAGUGCGACCAAAACCGCAAUGAUGUCAAGUGUCAUUGUAAGUAUUGAACUUAGGAAUAAUAUGUGAUUGCGUAAAUUAUUUGCUUUUAUAACAGUAUAUUCCAAGAUAUAAUCUCCUCUGCUGCUCGGUGCUCCAGAGCUUUUCGUAUUUUCCAGUUAGCUAACCUUACGUUUUUGUACAUUCAAGCGGCCGCUGACGGCUGCUAUGAUGAGUGAUGACGUGAUGAGGCCACAGACUUGGAUGACAAAGAACAACUGUCAGGCUUUAAAACUGCGACCUCAGAAUAAUAACUAAAGCAUAGAAGCAAAAAUGCUUCGCAAAUAUGUAUACCCGUCCUUUACUUCCUUACGAAUUAGAUAAUGUGCCGAAAAGAUAUGCAUAUAUGCUUGUCAUUUCUCAUUUACGUACGGUGUCAUAAGUUUGAUAAUUUACUAGGGAUGUAACUGUGUCGACUUUUUAUAUCGAUAAAUUAUGCAUGAGUUCAUACUCUCAUACUCUGGACCACCGGAAGACCUGC